AUGGUCACCACACUUCCCACACGGGAUGAAUCUCAAACGGGCGUUGCACAAACAUGGCUCCAGACACAGCACCACCCACAGCAACAGGAACAGCAGCAACCUCCUGGCGCCCCUCAGCAACCACAACAACAAUCCCCGCGGAGUCAACCCUCCUCCCGCCAGCCGAGCCUAACGGAAGCGGUACAAACCAUCAAGCCCUCCGAUUUCCUAACCUUCCACCAAGCGCCAUGCUCUCGCACGGGUUUGCUAACGGGGAUCGGGUCCGGGGCCGCCAUUGGAGCGGUGCGGUGGAUAAUGGGGUUGCCGAUCCCCCGGGCGGCGAACUGGGCGGUGGGCACCGGGGCGCUGGCAGCCAUCGGCCAGUACGAGUACUGCCAGUUCCAGAGGCGGCAGGAGCGGGAGAAGGUGAAGCGCGUGGUCGAGGUGUACGGGCGGCACCAGCAGGCGCAGAGGGCCAAGGAGGAGGCGGAAAGGAGGGCAGCUCGCGAACAGGAGGAGAAGGCUAGGUUAGAGAAGGAGGAGGAGGAGAGGAGGAGGAAGGGUAGGAGUUGGUGGAGGUUAUGGUGCGUGAGUGAGUGA